UGUUUGCUUCAACAUCUGAUGGGAAAAUCGGAAUUUAAGAAAGGUCGCGUCGUUCGCUGGGUCGAAGGGAAGGGGUUUGGGUUUAUUUCGCCCGACGAUGGUGGUCAAGACAUUUUUGUUCAUGCGAGGGAGGCUGGGAUGCUGAACACUGGCGACCGCGUUCAAUUCCGCGAAAAGGAUGACAGGAUGGGCAAAGCUCGUUCAGAAGCAUGUGAAAUUACGGUUCUCGAGGCUGCAGUGAAGAGCAAGAAACGCGGUCGCAAUGCCAGAGAGGAGGAUGCCAGCGACUAUUACAGCGACUAUGAGUACUAUAGUGAUUAUGAUUAUGAAGAGGAAAGUGCCAGCGAUGAUCGCAGAAGAGGCAGACGUGGAGGACGAAGAGGUCAUCGCCACCGGAGCAGGAAUAGGCGCCGAAGUGAUAGGCAUCGUAGAAAGAAGAGAAGAGAUGCAGGAAGAGAGCGACGGCGCAGGCGGUGACUUGGAACACUGCCAGCAGCACUCUGCGAACAGUUAAAUUCUGUGAGCAGCGGGCUUGCUAUGAAAGCGGAAGG